AUGGCGGCGGCUCGGACGAGAACCAUGGUUUCGGAAAGUUUUGAUAGUUUUGUGGCGCCUGUCAUUAAUAAACCAGUUCCUAAUCAUCUGUUAGAAACAAAAAUCUAUGCAAAAGUUGGACAGAACUCUAUUUUGCAAGCCAAACCUUCAGUUAUAAAUUUUUCCGGCUUCAAAGUUGGUGAAAAAAUUACCCGAACACUUGUGAGUACAUUUAAAUCAUAGUCUGGUAAAACAAACAUUUUGGUAUACACUGUAUUUCAUUUUUAUAUUAAUAAUAAAUCAGUAUUUUGUAUUAUUGUUGAACAGGAAAAGCUUGUGCCUGGAAUGUUCAUUGAAGUUGUUGUGGAGUUUACACCUGAUGAUUGGAGAUAUUAUUAUGACUGUAUUCGAAUUCACACAAAGGCAGAGGAAAACCUUAUUGUUCCUAUUCAUGCAUAUCCUGUGAUGAGCACUGAUGAGUUUCCUAGAGAAGUUCACUUUCCAUCUGUACCACUUGGAGAAAAAACAACAAAAGUGAUUCCUCUGAAGUGUGACAUCCCAGUGGAAUUUGAGUUCACGCUGAGUUAUGUUCAGUUACACCCAGCAUUUACUGUGGAACCAAUGUCAGGAAUUGUACCUGGUAAUGGUGAGGUAGAGAUUAAAGUGACAUUUGCACCAAUGGACUUCUCAACAGCUCACAUGAAGCUUCAGCUGAAGGUGUCUCAAUUCAACAUGUCUCCACUUGUCUGUUCCUUCACGGGAACAUCAGAGCCAGGACUUGCAAAAAGGUUGAAAGUAAAAGCAUGGACAGAAGAACUACCCCCAUUACCCACCAAUGGAAUCCUGGACCCAUUACUGAUUGAUCCUCUCGGCAGAACAAGACUGAAGAAACUUAAGACCAGACCAUGGACUCCAGGAGAGAAGAAACCCCAGGAACUGGUCAGAGAUGGCUUGAGAUUUCCAACUACUGGUCUUGACAAUCCAUCCACUGUGUCCAGUAUCCUUCUACAACAACCUGGAAAGCUGAAGGCCAAGCAGAUAAGAGAAGCUGUUCAAAGUAAGAAAGAUGUUUCAGGGAGCACAAAACAGAUGAAAGAAACAAAGUUUGAGUACGAAGUUCAUCAGAAUAUUCAAGAGGAACGACAGAACCAGCUCAGAUGGUGUGUACGAUUAGGUGAAGAUCCCAUAUCAGAGGCAACAAGAAAACAGAUUUGUGAAACAAGGAUAGAAGAUGAAAGAGAGUACAAGCUGAAUCGAGGAGACCCAGUGAUUGAAGAAGAGUAUGACCGGUCUUGUGUUGGAUGUGAACUGAGAAGAAUCCACAGACAAGCGGAUGAAAUCCCUCAAAAUGAACCUCGGUUUGAUCUUCUUGUUAAUGACGAGUGGAGCAAGAGGCACAUGGUUGUACAGAAGUUUGUUCAAGCGGGACGAAAGGUCAUAGUACGACUAAGAGCCAGUAGACACUUAAGUUCCCUGGAAGAAUUUGUCACAGACUGGAGAAAAGGAAAAUUCACCCGAGAACACACAAGAAGUCAACUUGCAGAGAGUGAAGAAGAAAAGCUGUUCGAUGAAGUUGAGGUUCCUCUGCGGAUCUCGUCUGAAGGCAUUUUUCCCUUUUGCUUUCCUUCAUAUAAAUCUCCGGACACAAAAGAUGAUAUGGAUGUUGAUGCUCUUGGUACACUGAAUGUGCAAGCGACUUUUGUCAAUGUCAAAACACACGUGCCUUAUUACAACUUAAAGGUCCCCAAACAGUGUGACAUCCUGGGUUAUAACCGUCACUCCGUAGCCGACGCGUCCUCGGGGUAUGUCCCGCCAAAGCUCGUACGUCCCUUGAGGGUUGGCGCCGAGGAUGAAAUAAUAAACUUAGUCAGCAGUGUACCGCUUACGUCGGUUAGAAGUCCCAGUCCCGUCCCGACCACGGAAGGAGGCGAGGAAACUAAAGAAGAGGGCGAAGAAGACAAAACACAGAAUCCACAAGUAAAGAGCCCCAUUAUCACAACCCCACAAGAGGACGUAGCCGUGCAGGAGCCUGAGGCGGUGCCCCUCGUGGUGCCUGCUGCGUUGUUCAGACCCACAUCUUACCAUCCCAUGCAUAUUUUUAACCCCGCACCAGGUUUACAAGUGUUUAAGCCUCCGCUUCCUUACUCCGAAGUGGAUGAAGACUAUCAUUUGUGUCCGUUACCACGUAACAGAACUGCUGGAAAAUCAGGGAAACAAGGCAGGAAAUACCUGGAGAGACAGGAUGUUAUUCCUGGUGUUAUGACGUGGAAGCGGUUUCCUUGUCAGCCUCUGGUAUCCAUGGCAGCAAAUCCAACGAUAUCAAAUGUGUGGAUUCCUCGAUGGACUGACCCGUUCAGUGAGGACCUGCUGCCUACGGAAGUGCCUUCAUUACUACAAGGUCUCCCGGAUGAUGACGUCAUGAGUGAUGACGAAGCGGAAGAAGAAGGAGCAGACCCAGGCUUCCAGGAGAUCCCAGUCCCCACGCCAGAAAUGGUUUGUGCCCAGUUUCCCUCGGCAGAGAGCAUUCUUGGAGACCAAGAUCAGCAGGGGUCGUCGCAAUUAAGUGAGAUGGUGCUUCACCCAGGCGGAAACACGAGAACCUUAGUGGCUGCUCCAACAGCAGCCACCACAUCCUUCGUUCCAAGGGAGAAACGUGAAAAAGAAUUAAAUGAAUUUUUGAGACAGCGGAGAACAGAGUGGGAUUUAGAAUCAAACAAAGGAUACAGUCCAUAAAUGAUGCCAUGUCUUCGUCCAAUCUGGAACUAA